CGCGCCCGCGGCCACCCAAGCUCCCCACGCGCUCCCAUGGACGCCAGCGGCGGCGGCCGCCUCUUCCAGUCGCCGGCGACGGAGGACGAGACGAUAGCGCGGAAGCGCUCCCGCCGCGUGAGCUUCGCGGACACCACCGCCGUGCACGUGUUCCAGCGCGACGAGGACUUCGAGACGCCCCCGGAGGAGCGCCCCGCCUCCCCCUCCCCAUCCCCGGGGAGGCCCCUCGCGGCGGAGGGCGACGAGACGGAGGGAGAGGAGGAGUUCGUGCGCGCGCCCUUCGGGUUCCUGGGGGAUGUCGAUCUCGAUUCCGACUCCCCCGCCAGCGCCGCCGGGUCCCUCUCCUCCUUCGACGGAGAUGGCAACUUCUUUGGGGUUGUGUCAACUAGCUUUAUUCAACCGGGGAGACCAUCAGAUUCUGGAAUGUCAGAGGAUAAUUACCAUGAUCAAACCUUAGAUUCCCACACAUUCUCUAUGCAUUAUAACAAUCUUAUUCCUCCAGAUGACUGUUCAGCACACUCAGCUGGAAGUCUAAGGUUACCCGAUUUAGAAUCUACAACACCACUGAAGGAACUGAAGGGAUCCGAGUCUGUAAAAUCGAGUGCUGGCCGGGAUGGGUUAACAGACAUGAGUUUGUGUGCCGAAAACGCUGAACGUUAUGAUUACACUAAGUUGUCACCCACAUUGAACAAUUUACUGCAGGAGGUCCAGGAACCCGAGUCUCCUAAAGAUACUUCGUGCAAUGUCCUUGCGCUACCCAAUCGUGAACACAAUUCUCAUAUGGAUUCAGAUGGUAGUGGAAGAAAAAGGAGCAGCGAAGAAAAUGUCUGUGCUGAACAUGCGUUGCCAGAAAAAAGAGCAAAGGGACCAAGAAGCCCAAUAACAUCACAGAAACAGCUUCCUUGUGUAUCGUUGUCUUCUCGUAUGGCAGAAGAAAAUCAGAGUGAGCCUCAUGAUAGUGGACAAUCAUUAGGUGAUGAUUGCAACAAGGUAGUGUUCACCGUAUCUAGUUCCCUGAAGCAAAUGCGAAUUUGCCCAGCAUCUAUUAGUAAGCUUAACCCACAACAGCUUGAUAUGUUGGGAGAUAAGCUGGGGAAGAUUCAUGCGGCUAGAAAAUAUAAGAGACUUGCUGCUACUGUGAGGAUUCAAGAUUCCAGACUAGCUGAAGCAAGAUGUCUCCAUGACAAGCUUUUACAUGAAAAGACAAAAUUGCAAAUAAAUUCUGUUAAACUGGAUAAACUGCAAAACAAAGCACAGCUAUGUCAUGUUGGAAUUCAAGAAUGCAGCUAUCUGAAAUCCAAGAUUUCACAGCUUCAUCGUUCCAAAGCGGGUGCUACACAGGAUAAGGGAGGCCCUCUUGGUGCAGCAACUUCGAUCAAUGCACAGGAAGUACAUGCUAGGAUUGCUGAAAAGAAGCUUGUACUCAGCAUGGUUCAAAAGAAGGCAGAGAAGCUUAAGAGUUCGCUUGAACAUUUUUGCGACAUUAAAGGUGAUAUUGGCGAAGUCGUGAGGGUUGCUGAAGAGCAAUUGGAGAUGAGAAACCGGCGUCAGAUCAUCAGCCAGCAAGCAUCGCUCUGGACGCUGAAUGACAUUGUUAAAAGAGAAAAUAAGCGUGACGUCAUCCUCAACUAUCACAAUUUGCUGUUCCAAAGGAUCAUCUUAAACAUCAGCGAUAUGUCAACCAUAUUUGUGAAUAACUCACUGUUGGGAUCCAAAAUAGAACAGGCAUUCCCAAAUUUGAAUGCAUCGGUGGCAUUCAAUUUUGUUUUCAAAGCUGAGGAGUACCAAAGACUUAGUGACUUGCGAUCCUUGCAGAAGAAGUCAAUGGAAACUAGUUUGCUUCUGGGAAAUCUUGUUGAUGUCCUAGAUGAAAUUGAUGAUGCUAAAGGGGAGUUAUUGAAUCUGACCUCUGCAAAUUUCAGCAUGGAUUCCCAGACAGGGCAACUUAUCUUUAGCCUUCGCUUCAUGAGUUACAAGAGCGCCAAGAGGGUUGCUUUCACCAUCGACAUGACAGACUUGAGCCGCGCGGUCUACCCUGCUGAGCCAUCGGAGUUGCCGAUCAAGGUAUGCCAAGCUCAGACAACGCUGUCCCAGCCAAGCGUGGACAAGCUGACGGCCUCCAUCAGGGACCUUCAGCCGGGGCGCACGAUGAUCCUCAGGCUGUGCCGGAUGUUGUCCCGGCUGGUUAACACGUUGCCAGGCUGACCUGCCAGACUGCUAUGCGUUGCUGCACAUGAAGUCUGGUAGGAUAGCAUCACCUUAUGUAGAUACCGCUCUCCUUCUUGGACAAUGGAGUGGGUUUUUUUUGCCUUUUGCAACUGGAGUGUUCGUUAGUCGUGAUCCAACUGACUGCUAGACUAGAGCAUCUCAGCCGGAAAGUUUUCUCUUCUUUGAGCUAAUGGGUUGCUGUAUGUAAGCAUUUCUUGUGAAUGCUGAAGUAAUGGCACCUCACGCUUUGGCGCUGCCAAGUGAAGCCGCUGUGUUCACUAAAAAGAUGUUAAGCUGUCCUGAAUCUCAGUCACAUAG